AUGGCACCAGGCUUUUCUCCUGCUCUGAAUGUGGCAAACGCUUUAAGCAGAAGGCAGAUGUUGUCAAGCACCGGCGAAUCCACACGGGAGAGCGCCCCUACCCAUGCUCAGAGUGCGGCAAGUGCUUCAUUGAUGCCUCCCAGCUCUCUAAGCACCGGAGGACUCACACAGAGAAAUCCAACGCCGUUAGGCAUUGGCGGUCCCACACGGAUGAAAAGCCUCACCCGUGCCCAGAGUGUGGCAAGUGCUUCAAGAACAAGUCCCACCUGCUGA